GGAUAUUCGUGAAAGGAAUAUGGUUGUUGCAAUGACAUGACUUGUGUUUAAAGUGGCCACUGAAUGUGUCACAGUUUCACUCACAUAGCUUUAAUAGUCUCAGAUCCUUUGAAUUUUGAAGAUGACAAACCCAGUUGACCAAACUGCAAUUGCAAUUCACAUUGUGCUUGCCUUCCUUGAGUUUCUCGCCCUCGUUCAAAGUUCAGCUCGAUCAUUAGUGGAUCAAGAAAGAGUUAGAAACUUGAGAGAAACAAUUGUAGCUCUUUUCAGUCUAAAUCCAGCGAUGCUAGAAUCUACACCUCCAAACAUUUCAGAUCAACAAAAUGGAAGUACAUCAGCUUCACCACCUAUUCAACGACCCUUUUUUACCGUAGGAUCAAUGAUGGAGAUAAAUGAGACAUUAGCCUUCUUGUUCCAUUAUUUUCAAAUGGCAAUUACACCACUUGGGUUCUUUGAGGGGACACGUGGAGACUACUGGAUGAGAAAAAGCCGCGCCAAGCAAAUUUUUAAGGACGCAAUAUCGGUAUUGGUAGAAGCUGGGCAUGUGACAUUCGACGAGAAGAACCUAGCUGACGGACUGAAAAUACUAGGAAACAAAGCAAUGCAUUGCGAAAUGUAUGACAAUGCUAUUGAUUUGUAUAGUAUGGCGCUUGCACUGCUGAAAGAUAAUGCUGUCUACUUCUGCAACAGAGCUGCAGUUUUAACGAAGGUUGGAAGAUUUGAGGACGCAAUUCGUGAUUGCUAUGAAGCAAUAAAACUGAAGCCGGGAUAUGUGAUGGCAUAUUAUCGCAUUGGUUGUGCUUAUUAUGAGCAAGGCAAGAACCUCGAGGCUAUCAGAGAGGGUUUCCUUAAAGUUUUGGAGCUAGAUCCGAAAAAUCAAGAUGCCAUGGUCAGUGUUGAGCUAGCGGAAUCGAAGCUUAAAUACGAAGUUGAGUCACUGACACGACAGAUGGGGAAGUUGAGGUUGGGUGUGAGAGGGAGUGAGCAAUCAUCUGGUCGGCAGAGCACAGUGCUGGUGUUUCGGGGACCUGAAGAAGGUGGCAAUGGGCCAUGGGAACUGGUUGAGGAUACGGGGACUGCAAAUAUCAAUGCUGAGGACACCAUAAGUGUUGCAGAUUUUAUUGAUUCACUUGUCCGCAAUGUUCCUCCACCUGAAUGAAUAAACUUUCUGCUCUUUUAUUAUAUGCAUGCAUGUAUACAUACAUUAUACAGUUACUGCAUGUGUGCACCUUAAAUAAAUGGCUCAGGCCUUUUUAUAAUAACGUAGAUCA